AUGCUGUCCAAAAGGGGCACGGUUCAAUCGGCACCCAUUGGCUCGCAAUCGGUUCCCCCUCUGGCCAGACAUCUCGACAACUGUCCCAUAAUGCAGACCAACAACACUGUGAACAACACGAAGUGUGACAACUCGUCAUCAGUGGUGGGCCUGAGUGUUGGUGUGAGUGAUGCCUGUCAGCCGCGCACUCUAUACGUGGGUAAUCUGGACGCGAGUAUCACCGAAGACCUGAUCCUGGCGCUGUUCUCGCAGAUGGGUCACGUGAAUGGCUGUAAGAUAAUCCACGACUCGGCCAACUCUGACCCCUACUGUUUCGUGGAGUACAACGACCACCACUGCGCCGCCACAGCACUGCUCACUAUGAAUAAGCGCCAGUGUAUGGGAAGGGAGCUGAAGGUGAACUGGGCUACCAGUCCCGGCAACACCGGACCCAAGCCCGACACUUCCAAACACUUCCACAUCUUUGUGGGCGACUUGAGUCCGGAGAUCGAGACACAGCAACUGCGCGACGCGUUCAGUCCGUUCGGCGAGAUCUCCGACUGUCGUGUUGUAAGAGAUCCGCAGACAUUGAAGUCGAAAGGCUAUGGAUUCGUGUCGUUCGUGAAGAAACAGGACGCCGAGAACGCCAUCGCCACGAUGAACGGCCAGUGGUUGGGCAGUCGCGCCAUUCGCACCAAUUGGGCCACUCGUAAGCCCCCGUCCAGUGGCCGCUCGCAAGAGGUGGGCCCCGGAGUCAACCCCAGUGUCCGACAGCUGACGUUCGACGAGGUCUACCAGCAGUCGAGUCCAACCAACUGUACGGUCUAUUGCGGAGGAAUAAUGACAGGACUGUGCGAUGAGUUGAUCCAAAAGACAUUCGCGCCGUUCGGACCCAUUCAGGAGAUCCGUGUCUUCAAGGACAAGGGCUAUGCGUUCAUAAAGUUCGCCACCAAAGAGGCGGCGACUAACGCCAUAGUGGCCACACAUAACGCCGAUGUAUUGGGACAGACAGUCAAGUGCUCGUGGGGUAAGGAGUCGGGUGACCCCACUCUCACUCAGUCGGGUCACCAGUCGGGCAGUACAGUAGCGGCCGCACAAUCGCUGUGUUAUCCCUACCAACAGAUGGCCGGCUAUUGGUAUCCACAGACGGGUUACCCGCAGACCAUACCUUCCGGUCAAUUCGCAGUACAGACUGGCGUUCAGUACCCGUACUCCCAAUACUAUACCUCCGCUCAAACAACACCCGCCAGUUUCAACGCGUCAGCCGCGGCCGGACUGGCCAUGCAGAUGGCCUGGCAGUCGGGAGCUGCCGGUGCUGUGCCCGGACAACAGGCACACCUGGGCGCCCAAACACACCAGACGGGACUGGGGCCGGGCAUCCAGCAGCCGGCUAUGAUCGGUGCCUACCCUAUGCAAGGCUAUCAGGCUCAGUAG